CGGGGAUCGUUCACAUUUGGCUGUAAUUCAUUGGAGUUAUUGCCUUUAUACUCCGAAACCAAAGGAACAUCUUCUAGAAGCAAAGGUAUUAGAAGUUGUACACCUUCGGGAAUGAGCAGAACUUCUUUUUUUAGUCUCGUGGGCAGGCUAAUAAUGAGCAAGAAAGAAACCUUCAACUCGUCCUCCAACUAGAAAUUUUUUUUUAGAAAGGUACCUCAAAAAGAGCUGAAGCUGACCAGGACAGCUGGAUUUACAGCUGUAGACCAUUUACAGCUGUAGACCAUUUACAGCUGUACCAGACCAUUUACCACAGAGCGACAGAGCUACUUAUAAAAUGCGUACAGGAUCGCGACCUCCACCUCACCAGCCGCCUCCUCUUCGGCGUCCAAGAGUCGAGUCUUCGCCCGACGAGUUCCACCCCUCGCUAGGGGGCUCCUCUUCGAGCGACGACUUGUACGAAAAAAGUCAUCCAGUGGACAAGAUUUUGCGAGAAAGACGUGCGGAAGGGGACGACAGCCGAGGAGGGAGCGCCGAGGAGGAUUUCUCCGGCACUCCGAGUGGUGAAGAAGGAUACGUUAAGGCUUCCCCUAAUGGUCCAUCUUGUUCAGAUAGUGCAUCUUCUUGGAAGAGCUAGCAAAAAUAUAGAUAGUGCAUCUUAAGAUAGAAGUGCAUCUUGGAACAGCUUCAGAUAGUGCAUCUUAAGGAAUAUGGGAGAGCAGCAAGAUCAUGCGUCCCAAGAUGGAUAAGGUGGAGCGCUUUAAAUACGAGAGCAUCUUUCCACGUGGGAGCAACACCACAAGUUUGACCGCCGGAGGAGGUGGAGCGGCAGGUCUGUCACAGCACCAUGGUGCUCGAAAUAACAACACAACGAGUUUAACAGGUUCAGUCGGACCGGUAGGUGCACCUGCAACAUCGUCCUCUACUAGUAGGUCAUUUACUCCAGGAGCACCACCAACACGAAGUGGAACAAGUAGAUUACCUCAACAACCAGCUUCAAUUGAGGAAGCAGCUGGUGGCGAGGGAGACGGCGACGAUGUAACGCUGUCGCACCACAGCUCUGAAGAAGAGCUCUCGGAGCUUGCUGGACAACCACCUGAGUCCGGUCUGCUGAAGUUGCGGCCUUUGCCUCCGCUAGGCACCGGUCUUUUUGCUCCCUCCAACGGCGCUCAAGGACCGCAAGGACAGUUAGGCCCUAGUACACUGCCUGCUGUGGGUAGUAAUGGUAACGGACUGAUGCCAGGUACUAACGGCUUCCCCCCAGUUACUGGUGGUGCUGGUUUUCCUGGUGUCCCUGGUGGAGCAAGUGCAGGUCCAGCGAGCAGUGGACCAGAGCCGCGAGACGUUAAUGCGGCAGCAGGCGUCCGCAGUCAGUCUGCCAUGCGCUGGGAGAGUCUAGUACGGAAAAACCCUACCUCUGGUGGUCAAUUCGUUCAGUCUGGUAACGGCGCUCAAUUUGUCCAGUCUGCGGCACAGUGGAUGCAACCCGGAUUAACAGGCUCAGCUGCAGCUCUUGGCCAGCAGCCUCUAUUAAGACUCAAGAUUUCCUUGUUCAUUUCUACGCGUCAAGAUUCUUUACUGUUUUCCUCUAAGCAUAUUGAAUGAAAGUUUCCUCUAUGAUCUUCCAAGCAUAUUGAAAGAAGAUCUGAACUGAUUUGAGCUUCAGCGGAUCAAAAAUUUUAGCGUAUACUAUAGGGGGUUAGUUCCGUCCGUCGCCGGCAGCAGCUUCGCGGACAAACAUGCAGGCUCUUCCCUUUCGGAUAAGCAUGGCACUGCAAAAAAAAGAAAAGAGCUCUAACUCUAGGUGGAAUGAACUUUUCAGGACUGCCACCUCCUAAACAGGCAUUUGUCGGUCCACCGGGAAGCGGAGCAGGCUUGUUCGAUAACCUUUUCCCGUCACAGAACGGUGGAAAUGGAGCUUUGAAUGGUGGCAAUUAUACGAGACCUAGAGCAGAUUCCGGCGCUCGGUCACAGCUAGGUCCCACGCAAUCGGCUGUUGGUGGAUCGUCCCUUCAGAGUUUUCCUAUGCCAUUUGCAGCUCCUGGUGGCAUGAUGCGGAACCCUAAUGCUGCAUCAACAAUGGGUCUCGGAGGACUUUCUAUAAUGAGCGGGAAGCAGGAGGCAUCAGGAGCCGGUAGUUCAUCGACGACGGAGAUGGGAGGGACUAUAGACCAGGUGAGUUACAACCGGAAACGAGAGUUAAGGCUUGAGGAAAUACAUCUUCCCAGUCAGCUUUGUCCCGUUUCCAAAGGGAAACGGGUACCGAGAUGCUCCCCAGGAUGGAUUUCUGCAAGUUCUAAGAGAGGAACACUCCCACACCUUCAUGGACGCACCCGACGACGUGACGGCCACUCCACAAUGCGAAGAGCGCGAUCUCUCAUCUAGUACAGCCGAAGACAAUCAAACCAUGGGACACCAGCAGUCGAUGCGCCUUGGCGUUGGUGGAGGAGCCGCGCAGUUUUUUCAGGCUGGACCUGGAGGCGACCUGCCAAAUAGCAGUGCGCCGUGGCAGCUACGGCCACGCUUUCCGCAACCGGCGUCUGGAGCGGUUCCGAAUUGGGCAGCAGCUAGCCAGGUUCCGAAAUUGCCAGGGCCGUCGUUUCCACAGCAAGCAAGGGGUCGGCAGAUGCCUGGAACUCAGAUGAACCAAGUAGGAGCUGUGUCAGGUGGACUGAUGUCGGUUGGAGCCAUGGGGGCUAAUCUUCUAUUCCUGCAGGCAGGACAGAAUUUGGUCAACAAGGACGAUAUGAUGGAUGCUAUGGCCGGUGGUGAAGUCAGUAACGGAGCCCAAACGCGAUCUCGCUCUUGCGGAGCGUCCUUGCAGCCGCCAGCCGCUUUGCAGCCGUUUUUGCUCGCUAGCAACAUCAAAACGCAUGGCCGUUUCAGCGGGAUUCUCGCAGAGGAGAGCGCGGUGAAGGACGUUGAGCCAGGGUCCGCAAGCAAGGCCACGACAAAUGCCAACACGUCAUCGAAGACAACGACACAGCAGUCGUCGAGCAAAAACUCAUCCUCAAAAACCUCCGCUAAUCGUAGCACAGCUGAGGUGCAUCACGACUAUCUUCAGGACAAUGGUCGUGCUGCAGGACUAGGAGUUCUAGGAGAUGGUUUUGGCGAGGACGAAACGCAAGACUGCGGUGAUGAGGAAGACCAAGUCACGACGCUGAUGCCGCAGCGAGGCCCGCCGCCGGGCAGACCACGACCUGGUGGUGGUUUACAGCUCGGCGGUCCUAUGCCACCGGCGUUUUUGCCUGGCACAGGAACUACGGGUGAAGUUGCCGCACAACUUGCAAUGGGCGCUGACAUUCCACUUCCAACGGCAGCAGCACCAGGACAGCUACCAACGGCACCGACAGCGCCUCAGUUCAACAAAGAGUUCUUCCCUGGAUUGAACAUGCUGAAUGAACAGCCAGAUCUGCUGACCUACAUGAAGCAGCAGCAAACGCAAGCAAUUACAGGACACAUGAGCGCACCAGUGCCUCCCACAUCCCACUGGACCUUUGCAGGCAUCAACAUUGCUAAAGCUAUUGAUGUGGGAGCCAGGUUGAUGGGAGUCACGGGAGACAGCAAGAGCGACACGAAUGUAAGUGCAGGUGCUGUGCAAUGGCAACCACCUCUUCAAGUACAACAAGAAGGUGGCGCAUCUGCUGAGCAGGCCAAUCAACUACCCGGAGGCACAGGAAUCUUCACAGGCUUUGGCACUCCUUGGCAGCCACCUGCGUGCCAAUUACCGAACCUCAACACGAAACCUCCAGGAACGAAACUGCAGUUUCAUCCACCUUCGACGACUGCAGGAGCUGCUCCUCAGAGCAAGCUCCAGCAGCAGCCGCGCGCACGCAGUUGCGGUCCAGCCGCUCCCGCUUUGAAAAUGCCAGAGUUCACUUUUCAGAGAGACCGUUCUCUCAAAGCCUUUGUGGCUACUCACGCAGGCUUGUCAAUUCCCGGUGGGCCACCGGAAUUCACGCAAGCUCCUGGUGAAUCGAUGCCGCAAGAUUUAAGGCUUAUAACCUAGCCCAUCUUCUGAAGCAUCUCGGAACAGCUGUUUCAUAUUAAGAGGCAAACAGAAGUCCCAAGAUGGUGAUAAAAAUCCCGAGAUGGAUUUGGGUGAGCUCUAGUACUAAGAUAUGGGGACUUGUCACUGGCAGGCGCAGAUAUGCAGAAUGCAAGCAACUUCGAUAUGAAUACUGGAGGGGAACAACUAGAUAACGUCUGCUCGCCAGCGACGGACCUGCCCGACGGCGCACGUGUGGGCGCGGUAACAGUUUUGCAGAGAGAGCAUAAGACUCUACAAGGCAAGCAUCGCAAAAUGGUGGACCGGUACUAUUCUUCCAUUUGUAAUCCUUUCAGUUUCAGUUUGAAUUUACGUUCUCCUUCAACACUCACUCUCAUCGUUCUAAAUCUAAAAAUACAGGGUUCUCAUUUUUAAGUAGUUAUUUGACAACAUGGAACAUCAACAUCAAAGCACUGGACUCACUUGAACAACACAGGAUGGGCAAGCUUUCGAUCGCAUACACAUCUGCGAUGGAUAAGAUUUCGGUUUUAGAGCGCGAAAACGCGAUCUUGCAGGCGACUGUGGACCGACAAAAGACCCUACUGGCAAGGGAGCGAGCCAAGUUCCUGGCUGCUAAUGCGGUUGCGGCGAUCAAGGGCUCUGUCUCUAGUAAGGCGAAGAGUGCGGAUGCGCGCACUGCACCAAGCGAUGGCAGCAGCGCGCGGAAAAAGUCAGCUGAGCGAGCGACAGACGGAAAAAAACCGGUAGUACACAAAGAUCGUUGUAAAUCUAAUUAAUCAGUUCUUUCGUACUAAACAAAGGAAGCCAGGUAGUUGUAGCUUACGCUGUCACUAGUACAAUCAAAAUCAAACUCUUUCUCUCUGUGUUGCUUCGAAUAAACCUUUACUUAUAGGUUGACUCUGUCAAUGCAUCAUUUGCAUUUCCCCUCUCGAUUUCAUUGAACCAGAUUCUAAACAUGCGAAAAGUUGGAUCACAGCAGCGGUCUCGGGAUAACAGUCAAGUCAUGUCUGCUCGCAGUUACAAUGUGUCAACCGCUUCACAUUCUCUUGGAGGCGCGGAUCCGACCAGUACCAGUGCAUCGGCGUCGACUUCGCAAGUAGCUGGUGGAGGUGAUUUGUCGAAGAUGAAUGGCGCAAAUUCUACCACCAGCUGCAACUCAAGCUGGGCUGGACGGGCAGCAUCUAGUUUGGUGGGCAAUAAUAGAAACCAGACUGGCAGUAAAGGCACUGCAUCAGCAUCUGCGUCACGGGUUGGCGCGCAAUCCAGUAGGGGUGGCCCUUCCUCAUGUGCCAGCUCGUCUUCCGCUUCUGGUGUCUCUUCCGCGGUGCUUUCCGCUGCUGUGGUGCCGAACAUGAUUACAAACAACAUCAAGGGGAGCAUCCUGGCGAAGCGACAGAACAGGUUAUUAAGGCUUCCCUCAAGCUCAAUCCGUCAUCGCUCGAGAUAGUGGUGUAUCUUUGACACGUGGAAGUUUUCAAGGGGCAAAUCAUGGUCAAUAAAGAUGCCACUUUCUAGAUGAGUGCGGGUAGGGUCUAAUGAUAGUGCCAAAUACCGCAAAAUCGUCCAGCAACUCAGCAGUGUCCUCGAAGCUAGCAGCUCAAAACGCUCUUAAUAGAAACAAGUUUGGUGCCAGUAAGACGUCAACUAGUACAACAUCAGCUUUUAUUACAAGAACUUCUACCGACAACAACAAUAUGACCACUACUACAUCAUCUGCCAACCUACUUAACAAAAAUAAUACUAUUUCUUCUCCACCUCCUAUACAACAAAGUCAAGCUCUAUCUGCCCAAGAAAAGGUUUGUUUAUCCGGCAAAGCUCCGAGUGAACAAAGCCAAUUUUCCUCGAACAAAAACGGUCAACAACCAUCACUGGUAACAAAAAACACUAAGCCAUUCACCGAAUCAUCGUCUUCCAGCACCUCAAUGACGUCUAACCAACAUGCCAUUGCCACAACUCAAAACAAGGGAACAUCUUCAAGUGCAACAAAGCAAGUCCAAGAUGACUCCUCUUUAGUUUCAUUAAGGCUAGUUACUAAGUACAAGAAUGGAUGAAGCAUCCUCAGCGCCAUCAGGGCCUUUUUUUCAAUGGGAAACAAAAGGGUCCAGGGAUAUGGCUCAUCCUUGGCCUCUUUUUCAAGGCGGAAAAAGAAGGCUUCUCCCAGGAUCAUAUGACUCUCAAAGAGGAAGAGAAAAAGAAGAGUCCAAGGGUGUGACUCUCAAGAAAGAGGAAGAGAAAAAGAAGUCUCAUAAAUAUAUUCAAGGAUACUAUAUAUGACUCAGGGCCGCACGCCCCCCCCUCCCCCCCUGUGUAUAAGUAAUUACUUUCAAUGAGAAAGAUGCAACGCGGCGCUCUAAUUUCAAAAGGUUCAGGCUCGAAAUGCUCUUCUUCCUCAUUUUCGAGCAGUAGUUUCACCACCGGCAGCGUUUCCUCCUCUUCUAACUCGAGUAAGCAGUCAUCGCCGCCAUUAUUAGAAGGUACUACAUUCACUUUCUUUGUUAGUACUUUCUUAACUGGUGUAGAACACUUCUUUAUAUGAGGAAUAAGUGUAUCUGUAAUGAAUAUGAAGCUCUUACUUUGUUUUCAGAUUUCCUUCGUGUUUUCUUCGAAACGGUUUGUUUGAGAUUGAGUUUGAUGCAUGCAGAAAAUUUAUUUUGUUUCGUUAUGCGUGAUAGCUUUUCAUCGAAGAUCUUGUUGUUCGACCUCUACCACUCAGUCUAUUAAAUUUUCCUUCGGAUGCUUACAACCAGCAUCUUCAGCCUCAUUUUUUAUUUUCUUCUAACGAAUCUUGUUAGGUUCUAGUGGCACCGCCAGUAAAGAAAGCAAACGUGAGUCACUUAGCCGUGUAAUCGAUCCUAACGACGACAUUGGCGAGGAGCUAACUUUGGCGCCUGCGUGUAAAAGCGAGGCGUCGAGGGAAAAUUCUGCAGUCGGCAGAAGGCACGACAACACCGAUAGAGACGCAGCUAAUGUCGAUAGCGAGCAGGUGGAAGCCGAAGCUCCUGCAGUAGAAAGUGAUAGCGAUUCCUCUUCGACGAGUAGUAGCGCGCAAGAUGACGAGUCCAGCGAUAAGCCUUGUGCCGGCCGUGAGACCUUGGUCGACCGAUUAGAAGAGACUUCUGGCUGUUCUGGAGAUGAUGACAACAUGAAGGAUCGGGUAACAGUAAAAGACCACAGCAGUGCGCCAGACGCUAGUACAGAGCAGUCAGAGAAGAAACCAGACGCUAGUACUACAGAGUCGGAUAAUAUUAAAGCUUCUUCAACACGACCAGAAGAGGAGCAGCAAGAGCAAGAAGAGCAAGUACAACUUCCUUCUGGUGAUGAACGGGUUCUGAAAGCGAUAGUCUCUAGCGGUUCCCGACCAGGAUCGAAAGCGCCUACCGAAGUCCCUAGCCGUCGUGGCUCCACCACGUUUCAGCUACCCGAUCGCCCAAGUACACGUGCGUCGGUGGCACCUGUUGUGCCCUCCAUUGUUUCUGUUAAGGCUCUACAAUUUAACAGGAGAGCUAUUUUCUUCUUCCGAGAAACCUCUUACAGUGUGGUCCUCUAUUUUCUCAAGUUGCGAACGAACAAACGGGCCGCCACAUGAGGAAGAUGCUCUGCGAGAUUUUCGCAAGUGGGGAACGAACAAACGGGCCGCCACAUGAGGAAGAUGCUCUGCGAGAUUUUCUCAAGUGGGGAACAAACGGGCAACAUGAUGAAGAUGCUCUUCUAGACUAUCGCUCCUCUACGAACUCGAUUGAUCCUAUUGAUGCUAUUUCUUCUAAUCUUGAAAAGAACCUCGCAUCGUUCAAUGCACGUGGACGUCGUGGACCGCAGGAGAAGAUGAAUAUCAUACAGAAAAGUUUCGGUGGAGCUGUGGCAGGUGGUACAGGGAACAGCUUUAGCGGAAACAAUCUUCACAACAACAUUAAGGCUAUAAUCAAGAGAGCUACACCAAGAAAGAGAGCAUUGGUUGCCCUUUUUCCUGUUGAAUUUGUUUCUGCUAAACUGGUAGAGCAUGAGCAUCUACAGUCAGUAUCAUCCUUGUUUGCCCUUUUUCCUGUUGAAUUUGUUUCUCGUAAACUGGUAGUUUAGUCCAGUUUAGUAGGACUACUUGGAAAAGAUGAAGCCAAGGAAGAUAGUCUCAGUGAUGCGAAGCGGUAGCUCUAACAACUUCAGCGGAAACAACAUGAGUACUAGACCAGGGAACAACAUCAACCCGUCUGGUAGUUUCUAUGGCAGUACUAGCAAUAAUGGAAGAUUCGGCGGAAAUGCUAAUCGCGACUCUGGUGGCAGCUUCUCAAGGCCAGCGCCCGGAAGGAGUAAUUCUCGGUUCGGUAGCCAAUCAAAUGGUGGUCGCAAUAGCAACGAAACGAGGCCCUCUUGUGUAUCGCCAGACGAAAACGUGUUCGAUUAUGAGAAAGAGGAAAACACCAUAUUUAUAAAUAUUAAAUACCAAAUAUGAUUGCAUCUGUAGAAUUACAAUUACCAUGACUAUCGCCUCCAUACAGUCACAUUGGCAAUUUUAAAAAUGGCAGGAAAUAAAUAAGCCGUUUUUUGCUUUAGCUUAUAGCAAGGGACCGAAUAAAGCUACAGAAACCUUCUAAUCUGAAGACACUGUAAAUCUGCAAUCGGAGCUGAAUCCGCCAGACCAAGACUCUGUUUACCCUGAGGAUAGUGCGAGCAACGCUUGCUACCGUUUUGUAUGGCUUGCCCUAAUUCAUUUGCAGAAGCAUCUUGGAGACAUUUUCAAGCCGGAAAUGGCCCCAGGAUGAUCUUCGAGAUGGAUUAGGGUGAACUCUAAGCUUUUCUCCGACAGAGUCCGAAAUUCAGCGCGCACAGUGGUGGGCGUCUAGGCCUCAGCAAGAACAACGAAAUGCCAGAAGGACUGCCGAACCGGUGGCCGAAGUUUUUGCGACGUCUACGGCACAUCGGGUACUCCUCAGUUCACUUUCUUGACUUCACAAUGACAGGGUGAAUCUGAAUCAAUGACAAUGACUCUUAACCUUAAGUACUUAUUAUAUUUCACAGUCCUAUUGUUCCAUAACGAUUUCUACGUUAACAUUAACAUUAGCAAUUAUAUUUCACAGUCCUAUUGUUCCAUAACGAUUUCUACUCCCAACAGAGCUCGAAGCUGCCUCGAUGGCCACCAGCGAAGCAGCCGCCACAGAGGUUUUAGUUCUUUUUACUUCGUGGAUUUUGGAGCCUGUAACGACGAGUAUGUUGGGCUCAAAAGGAUGCUCAUACUUCUGACGCUACAACAAGUCUUGUAGAUGAGGCGAGGACUUUGAUCUCUAUGCUAGAAGCGCAGGUAAUAUGUCGACUGUGGCCGCACACGUUGAAAGCAGAACCCUAUCACCUUAUAGAAAACCGUCUUUCAGAACAAUUCAUCUGCUAUUCAGUGCUAGUUGUAAUUAGAGACGAUGCAGAAUUAGAGACGAUGCAGAACAAGUAUGGAAAGAGAAAAACAAAAACUACAUGUUUAUUUGAGAAAAAUUCAAGAUGCAAUGUAACCCGUCUCUCUGUCCUGUAAUAGGGAUCUUUUUCAUCUCUUGUAAGAUAAGGCUUUUGACUCUCUAAGGUUAACAAUAUUAAUCUCUGUUGAUGUGCUGUCGUCGUACACAGUGUCGCUCUCGAACGCACCUCAUAAUUAUGUCAAUAGGAUGAAUCAAAUACAAAUAUAAAGAAACUACAUUAUUUAACAGAGAUUUUCACUGUACUAGAUGAAAAAGGUGGUGCCACGAGUAGAGACUAGAAGAACAAGAGGACUGUGCGCAAUCUGAUGCAUGAACUGUUACCGUGUGGACAACCUAUCUUGUUCUAUCUUCACAAAUGAACUUCAGAACUUUUUUCUUUUGAAACGAACCGAUUUCAAUUCGUUGCAUGACCAAAUAUUACUUUCCACGUGAGCUACUUUUAUCCUAUUAUUGCAGAAUAAACUUUUUUUUCAAGUUUUGACGCACCCAGUCGCAGCAGCGACGUCAAAAGCAU